AUGGUGAAAGUCAAGACACGCUGGACCCUGGUGAGGGAAGACAGAACGAACAACAUCGGGCUUUGGACUCUGUGUUACGUUAGAGACGCCUUCCAGACUGGAAAUUACGAGUCUUCGGCCAGACCGGCUGAGCUCAAGGUCUCCUUCGGAGGCACCGACUAUUCCAUCAGCGCCUGGGACUACAUGCCGGACGGCAGUGUCGGAAUCUACCACACAAGCAUUCCGGUCCUCGGUGCCGGCGGCGCCUGGCACGCACAAUUCGUGAGAGGGCGCAGCGUGGCCAUCGACUACUCAGUGCCCCAAGCCAUCUCCGGAAGCUGUCCAUCCGGUGUCGUCAACUGGAAUUCGUGGGUAGGAUCGGCUUCCGCGAGCGGCUCCGUCUCCGGCAAACCCCCGCGAGACCUGUCCGAGCAGACUUACAUCUAG